AUGACGAAGUGUGAAGCACGGGCGGGACUGGCCUACGAGGACCUGCCGGCGCUAUUCCCAGAGCUCGUAGUACUCCUAGCCCACGUCUACAACCUCGUCGGCCGCACCGACCUAGCCGCCAAGUACGCCGGCACGGCCCUGCGGGUCCUGAACAUUUACGAGAGCCUGGAGCCCGACGAGUAG